AUGGGUGACUGGGUUACAACGCGUCGCUUGACAUGGCAACAUUUUGAAGGCCUUAAUUUUGGUCUGACUGUCAGAUACAGAGAUCCGACGAUGACUCUCACCAGACGACAACAAUCGACUUUGUCGGUUCCGGGCCCGGUUAGAGCUGCUGCCUCUGCAACUCGGAUCAAUCGCCCUAUGCCGCUUCGUGGUGAGCCUAAUCCUCUAAAGUCCACCAAGCCGAAUAUGGGCCAGGCGCCUUUAAUAAUGCGUUGGAGACGACCUUUCACAAUAAAUCAACCUUUCUCUCAGCAUGCCUGCAGGGAGGGGGAGGGUUUAGGCGUUACAUUAGAUGAACUCAACAAUAGUAAACCAGGAGUACAUUCUUCAUCGUCACGCCUAAAUAUCGGGUUGCUAUUUCCAUUCGAUCUGCUCAUUCCUCCUCUGCUUCUGCUGAAUGAACUUAUAGUAAUCACAAUGCAAAGCACUACCAAGCCACAGUCUUUUUUCCCACAUGCUUUGGGCGAACAUUCCACACCAUUAUCGCGGUCAAGUACUAAGAAACCUUACACUUUCCAUUGUGUAACCUUUGCAACACGCGAGCUUUUGGGCAGAGCUCAUGAAGCCUGUAUAUCUGGGGCAGGAGUUUUGUCCUAUUACUCCAGUGUCAUUAUCCGCAUUGGGUCUAUGCUUCCGAUUAGACUGUUCCUCGGCAUCAGUACGUCUCCAUUUGGCCAAAGCAAUAGAAGCGAAGAAGAGUAUAUUUGUUGCCAAGUAGGGGCGGGGGGAGGACACCCCCUGUCUAUCAUCUACCCGUGUCCUUGCGACCUUUCUGGGCAUAGCUACUGCACGAUGCGGGCUGGAAGUAUGUCUAAACUACAGCUUUUAUUUGCUACUGAGGUGAACCUGAAGGGGAUUCUUGAUUUCUGCAUUCAAUUUCCCCGCGAUCAGAGUCAUAAUGGAUACACCUCGAAGAGAGGACUGUGCCGGCCCAAACGCUCGGGCACUCUCAACAUGUCAUGUGGUAUAAUGGGAUUAAGUGUGUCCGACUCGGAUACCGCUGAGAGAGUGAAUGAGAUGCUAGGAUCAGUCUCUCUUCUCAAAGUCCAGAUCGACCCUCCACCAUUUGCCCUUAGAGCAAUCCUGGCGCUGGGCGGAGGUUGCGCAACGGUCGGCUUUGUCGGACCGGCUGUUUAG